GUAGAUUUCGACCGAACACCUGUCUUUGUGAAGUUUUUUCGUCUGUUUCUUUUUGAGCCCGGGUUUGGUAACUCCCAGGUUCUUUCAGUAGACUACGGGUGGUGUGGUGUGGCGGCCGGCGUUGGGUACUGUAUUGAGUAGAGUUGUUGCCGGAAAAGGCGACGCAACGCUGCUGUUUGUGUGUCUCUGUAUUUUUAGCAUCGGCCACGCUAGCAGGCUGGCCAAUGUAUGAGUGCGGGGGUCUCACUACUGUAGCAGCCAUCACGCGGGCUAGCCGGCCGACGCAAUGGGAAGGACGCCGGGUUUUCUGUAUUCAGCGGGACGAAUAGCCGCGAACACCAGUAGUGGUCAGUGUGCGUGUUUUUGCCUUAGGCGUUUUCUUUGUUUUGUUGUGAAGAGUAUCUCGUGCAAAGUGUUGUAUAUGCAUCACACUCCUUGACCGCUCGAUGUCAAGUAUCGUCAACGGCCUUUUUGGCGCGUAUCCGGCAGCCGAACAACGGCCUAAAGAGUAUGAAUUCUCGGUAGAUUUUUGUCCAGGCGCAUUCGGUGCUAAUCUUAUUUGUUCCAGUGUACACAAGCCACUAUUUUGCAUGUCUCAUUUUCGAUUUCAUUUGUUUUGGCCCACAACCGCGUAGACGAUAUACAAGUAGUACCAGUGUGUCGUGACGUCGUUUUUAUUAGUAUAUAGCAGCACGAUGAUGCAUGCUCGUAUCUGCCCACCUCCUGGAUCGCUCUUCGUCUUUUUGUGACUUUCUGUCAUGCACGCCCCACACGCGCGUCCUUGCAUGUUCUCCGCGUACUUUUGGUCCCAGGUAUCUGCUCGUAUAGUUCAUUGGGUUUCGGUAAAAUGGAGGUGAUGAUCACGCACAGUUCCGCGAGAUAAAUGUUUCCGAGUACGGGCAUCAUUCACGGUACAUGGUUGCGAAGGGACGGUUCAAAUAGAUUUUUUGGAACUGCGAGGACGCGGAGCAAUAGAUACUUUUUUUUUUC